ACCGAAGAAAUCGGACACGCAAGGGGGGCGGCAUUGUCUUCACAGGUAAUUUCGAUUUAAAAGCUCCCAGGUCUAGAGAAAGAGUGAAAAAAAUGCUAGAGUUUCCAGGAGUAAUAGCGGUGGUGAGCUUAGUACUGGCCGGGAUAUGGAUCUGGAGGGCUUUCUCACAGAAAUCCUAUGACCCAACUACGCCUCCGGGAAGUUUUGGGCUCCCGUUCCUGGGAGAAACUCUCCAUCUUUUGUACAGCAUGAAAGCAAACGAUCUAUCGGGAUUCUACGAGUCUCGUGAGCGAAAGUAUGGCCAGGUUUUCAAGACACAUCUGUUUGGCCACCCCACGGUAGUGGUAAGUCCUCCUCUUGGAUUCAAGUUCUUGUUCUCCAACCAUGGCAAGCUCGUCGAGAGCUCCUGGCCAGCUCCGGUAAAGAUGCUCAUGGGUGACAAGAGCUUGUUCUUCAUGGAGGGCCAGAAAGCCAAGAGCUUUCGUCACAUACUCAUGGCGUUCCUUGGUCCCGAGGCAAUGCGGAGGUAUGUCGGGAGGUCCAGCUCCAUCGCUCAGGCACACAUCAAGAAGUUUUGGCUGGAUGAAUCGGAAGUUCGAGCGUACGUUCUCCUAAAGAAGGCGAUGUUCUCGGCGGUGUUUAACUUGUUCUUGAGCAUACAAAACGAGGAGGAGGAGAGAGAGCUCUUGGUUCUAUUUGAGGAGUUUUUGCACGGUAUGCUCGAGUUGCCGAUCAACUUUCCAGGGACCAAGUUUCGGCGGGCAAAGCUUGCGAGGCACAAGAUCUUUGAGAAGCUGGACAAGUAUAUAAGCAAGAGAAAGGUGGAGAUCCAGGAAGGGAAGGCGUCGGCUGAGCAAGAUUUGCUCAGCGUUCUCUUGACAACGAGGGGAGAAGAUGGAGAGCUCAUGAGCGCGGAAGAGGUAAAGCAAAACAUCCUCAUGAUGGUAUUGGCCGGGCACGACACCACUGCUAGCACUCUGGCGGUCUCCAUAAAAUGCAUCGCUGAGAAUCCUUGGUGUUACGAUCGACUUAGACAAGAGCAUCUUGCCAUAGCUGCUGCGAAGGAUUCGAGCGAGCCACUCCGAGUAGAAGAUCUCCAAAAGAUGAACUACACCUGGAAAGUUGUUCAGGAAGCCAUGCGUCUGCUCCCUCCAGCGCUGGGAAACACGCGGAUAGCGAUCACGCAAAUGACCAUCGAGGGCUUCACAGUUCCAAAAGAUUGGCGAUUCAUGUGGAGCGUCUUCCAGAGCAACAGGAGGAGCGCGUUCUUCCCCGAGCCAGACAAGUUCGAUCCGGAGCGAUUUGAUGCUAGCUCCGGCUUGAUCCCAUACACGUACGUUCCAUUUGGCGGAGGCCCUCGCAUAUGCCCCGGGAACGAGUUCGCCAAGAUGCUCGUCCGCGUGUUCUUGCAUCAUCUCCUCACCCAGUUCCAGUGGUCGCUCGUCGAUGCAAAGGAGCACGUCCAAAUGGCUCCAAUCGCAGCUCCGGCCAACGGCCUCCACAUCAAACUCUCCAAAAAUUCAAUAUAAUCUCUCGCGGUUCCCUGGAUGGAAAACAUAGCAUCAUACUUUCCCACCAAUUUUAUACGGCGGUACGUUGGGACGAGCGUGAUCAUCCAAGAUCACAUCGAAAAGUGGAUACGUCGUCUUGUUCUCGCUCGUCUUUAGCUUGUUCUUGAGCAUCUCGGAGGAGUGGGAUUGGUUUGAGCUGCCGAUCGACUUGCCAGGGAUGAUGUUUCGUCGCGCAAAGGUUCGAAGAGAAACUGGCCUCAACAGGAUUUUCUCAGUGUUCUCCUGAUAACCAAGGGAGAGGAUGGAGAGCCCAUGACCGAGGAGGACAGCAAACAAAAUAUUCUUAUGUUGGUCAUGUCAGCCCACGCUACUGAGAUCCAUGGAAACCAUGGUGCUAAGAUCGACUUAAAGAAGGUGACUGCUUU